AUGAACGGCCUCAGUAGUACCUCUCCCAGGUACAGCUAUUUCAAUCACCGCCGAUCAGGUCCCGGACAACCUCCAGCGCCGAUCAAGUCUCGGACAACCUCCAUCGCCGAUCAGGUCUCGGACAAACGUCACCGCCGAUCAGGUCUCGGACAACCGCCACCGCCGAUCAGAUCUCGGACAACCGCCACCGCCGAUCAGGUCUCGGACAACCUCCACCGCCGAUCAGAUCUCGGACAACCGCCACCGCCGAUCAGAUCUCGGACAACUCCACCGCCGAUCAGGUCUUGGGCAACCUCCACCGCCGAUCAGGUCUUGGGCAACCUCCACCGCCGAUCAGAUCUCGGACAACCGCCACCACAGAUCAGAUCUCGGACAACCGCCACCACAGAUCAGAUCUCGGACAACCUCCACCGCCGAUCAGAUCUCGGACAACCUCCAGCGCCGAUCAGGUCUCGGGCAACCUCCACCGCCGAUCAGAUCUCGGACAACCUCUACCGCCGAUCAGAGCUCGGACAACCGUCACCGCCGAUCAGAUCUCAGACAACCUCCACCGCCGAUCAGGUCUCGGACAACCUCCACCGCCGAUCAGAUCUCGGACAACCUCUACCGCCGAUCAGAGCUCGGACAACCUCUACCGCCGAUCAGAGCUCGGACAACCUCUACCGCCGAUCAGAUCUCGGACAACCUCUACCGCCGAUCAGAGCUCGGACAACCUCUACCGCCGAUCAGAGCUCGGACAACCUCCACCGCCGAUCAGGUCUCGGACAACCUCUACCGCCGAUCAGAGCUCGGACAACCUCUACCGCCGAUCAGAGCUCGGACAACCGUCACCGCCGAUCAGAUCUCAGACAACCUCCACCGCCGAUCAGGUCUCGGACAACCGUCACCGCCGAUCAGCGUUUUGCAAACUUUCUUUUUACUACGACCCACGGCAAGAUCUACAUUUUGCCUUGA